CUUCGCCGUGCGGGUGCUCAAGCUCUGCAGGAAGCUCGACAUCUUCGUUCUCCUCGAGAACCCUGGCCCCAGCCGUGUCUGGCGCUGGCGCCCCCUGGAGAGGGAGCUCCGCUACCGCAGGCCCGGCAGGAUCGAGUGCGACUCCUGCCGCUUCGGGGCGCCCUUCAAGAAGCCGGGAGCGAUCGCCGGCACGCUUCCCAACCUGGAGCUGCUGGGCCGCCGCUGCCAGUGCUGCCAGCCGCAUCGGGGAGUUCUUCAGGGCAAAGUCCGACAUCCGACGAGAGGGUGGGUUUGGCGGACUACCGUGGCUGGCGCGUGCCUCCCAGAGUGGUGCCGAGAGCUCGUGCGCAUCGCCUCCCUCUCCGCCCCGAGGUCCGCCGAUGGCCGAGCCACGCCCGGAGACCUCGCGACUUGGGAUGGCGUCCUGGCAGCCGCGUCGGGCGAGGUCCGCCUCCGCGCCCCCGGGCUCCCGCUCUGCCCGCGGAGGCGAGCGGCAGCGGCCGUGGACCGCGCCGAACAGCAGCGGCAAGCUCGCCGAGUGCCUCCGGGAGAUUUCCUGCGUACGGCUUCGUUGCGGCCAGCGACCCUGACAAAGUAUCAGCAGGCGGUCGCCGACUUCGAGGCCUGGGCACGGCGCCGGCGUCUUCUCUUUGACAACCCUAAGAACGCCGAGACGUCAAUGAACCUGUACAUCGAGCACCUUUUCUUUUCUGGUUCCCCUCAGUACAUGGCCCGCAAUGCACUCUACGGCCUUGCUCGACUCCGAGGAUGGGCAGUGGCCAAGCCUCAAUUCGUGCGAUCCAAGGACGCCCUGGCGGGCUGGUCUGCCAAGCUGCCUCGGCAUCCCAGGAUGCCCGCCCCCUUCGACGCCGUGGUCGCCUGCUUGGCAGCCCUCUCGGAGCGCUCCUCGUUGGGAGCCCUCGCCGCCGUGGCCAUGAUUGUCCAGUUUGACCUGUGCCUGCGGCCCAGUGAGGUGCUCUCCAUCACCGCAGGCGACGUCCACGGCAGCGCGGGGGGCCAGGUCUCCGUCAUCAUCGCGCCUCGCGCAGGCGGAGUGCCGUCCAAGACGAAUGAGUUCGACCGCGCUGUCGUUGCUGGCACGCCUGCCCCCCUCAGACGCCAGGUGCCGGCUGCGCUGCUUGCCCUCCGCAGAGGCCGAGCAGACGCGGCCAAGCUUUUCGCUCCCUUGAAUCUCAGUGCAUACGAGAGGCUCGUGCGAGGUGUGGCCUCCGACUUAG